AUGAGCACGAGUGACCAAGGACCUGAUCAGGGAACGAUCGAUGCCGUGCUGACGGCAUUGAAAAAGCUGGACAACGAAGAGAUCACGAAGUAUGUUGCAGCGUUGGAGAAGAUGGUGCAGGAUGGGGGCAGAAGAGGCAUGCCUAGGGCUACAUGCGACGACUAUUGCAAGACGAAUCAGGGCCUGAUCGGGAUCGGAGGCUGA